GCCGCGCGCGGCGAGAUGAAGGAGAUGAUGGUCGGGUCGGCGGCUCCGAUGGGACCGGUCGGGAGGUGGGGCGCGGCGCCGCCGCAGGCGCUGCUGGAGAGGAUGAAGGACUACGGCCAGGAGGGCGCCUUCGCGCUCUGGGACGAGCUCUCGCCCGAGGACCGGGACCUCCUCGUCCGGGACAUCGAGAGUCUGGAUCUUUCAAGAAUUGAUCGGAUCAUUCGACGCUCUCUCGGAUCGCAAGGCUUUCUGGCGCCCGCUGUCGAGCCCGUGCCGGAAUCCAGUGUCUCCAGGGUGGAGGAUAGGUCUUCAGAGGACAAAGAACGGUGGUGGAAGAAGGGGCUGAGAGCCAUUUCAGAGGGGAAGCUGGCCGUUGUCCUAUUGGCUGGUGGUCAGGGGACUCGGCUUGGUAUCUCCGAUCCUAAGGGAUGUUUCAAUAUUGGACUUCCAUCUGGAAAAUCACUUUUCCAACUCCAGGCGGAACGCAUUUUGUGUAUUCAAAAGUUGGCUGCUCAAUCUAGUGAUACUCCUGGCAAUAUUUUACCGAUCCACUGGUAUAUAAUGACCAGCCCCUUCACCCAUGAUGUCACACGCAAAUUCUUUGAAAGCCGUAAAUAUUUUGGCUUAGAGGCUGAACAGGUGACCUUUUUCCAACAAGGCACUCUACCAUGUGUUUCUGACGAUGGCAGAUUUAUCAUGGAGACACCAUACAGGGUUGCAAAGGCUCCUGAUGGAAAUGGAGGACUUUAUUCCGCCCUGAAGUCUAAGAAGUUGCUUGAAGAUAUGUCUGCACGGGGUGUAAAAUAUGUAGAUUGCUACGGUGUUGAUAACGCAUUGGUUCGUGUUGCUGAUCCUACAUUCCUAGGGUACUUUAUAGAUAAGGGUGUAUCUUCUGCUGCAAAGGUUGUUAGGAAGGCUUAUCCACAAGAGAAUGUUGGAGUGUUUGUUCAACGAGGUCGUGGUGGACCUCUCUCCGUGGUCGAGUAUAGUGAAAUGGAUGCGGCUAUGGCUACUGAAAUCAAUCAAUCAACAGGACGCCUUCGUUAUUGUUGGAGCAAUGUAUGCUUGCAUAUGUUCGCUUUGGACUUUUUGAAUCAAGUGGCAAACAGCCUUGAAAAGGACAGUGUGUACCAUCUUGCAGAGAAGAAGAUACCUUCCAUUCAUGGGUGUACAAUGGGCCUGAAGCUUGAACAAUACAUAUUCGAUGCAUUCAGUUACUCCCCGUCCACGACACUUUUCGAGGUGUCACGCGAGGAGGAAUUUGCGCCAGUGAAGAAUGCAAACGGCGCAGCUUAUGACACCCCUGAUACCGCCAAACUGAUGCUGCUCCGGCUCCACAGCAGAUGGGUAGUUGCUGCUGGCGGCUUUCUGACCCAUUCAGUACCCUUGUAUAUGACAGGCGUCGAGGUUUCUCCACUCAGUUCGUAUGCCGGCGAAAACCUUGAGGCGAUCUGCCGUGGGCGAACAUUCCACGCACCUAGUGAGAUCUCAUUCUAGGUGCAUUGGUUCAUGGCAACAGCAGCAGUUGCCCUACUCUUGCAAAGGGUAGAAGCAGUUGUCCACAACAAUUGCAAAUGGAUGAAGCAGAGGUUGGGUGGAUGGGGUUGAGCUCUUGAGACAUAGCAUUUGAGUUUCGGAUACUGGCCUAUUGUGUAUUUUGUGAGUAUUUGGCCCAGGUUCUGAAGCACUUGUAACCAUGUAGAUGAUUUCUUUGCUUCUUCAAAGGCAUUUAAACAUGCCUUGAUUGAUGAGACUUUUGUCUUUCACUACAAAAUUAUUUGAAGUUGUC